CACCCUCACUCAAACGUCACUUGCUUUGCAGGGGAGCAAGGGUUGUCUCUCACAGCCACCACUCUCCCUCCAACCUCGAGCUAGGAAGGCAUCAACGCUCGUUCUCGUCAUAUGCGACGCUUGCUUUUUCUGCUUCACAAUGGGUCCAAACGCCCCCGAACUCGCAACCAACGCCGAGCUGGUGGGAUCCGAGAGGAACUUAGGAAGUGUUCUCCUCGGAGGCAAUGAUCAAAGAACAACAACCUGAAGAAGGAGGGUGACAUAUUGGUCUCUAUCUUCGGUCUCCCCCCUCCCCUUCAAAUUUCCAGAGCAGCAUCGCAGACUUGGCUCUGUCCGGAGGCUCCUGGUCAAGACAUGUCUUGUGCGACCCAUCUUCAGCGUCCGCAAAAAAGCACUUACUUGCCUUACUCAGAGCCCAGGUAUGGAUCUUCAAGGUCCCGAAGAGAGAUUGUGCUCAUGCUCCCGUUGCUCUCCGAGGCCCGCGGGAGCCAAGUGGGAACCCAUGCCUUAUGAUCAUAAACAUGCUCGAGCCCCCAAGGACGCCGGCGAUGCUUCUCGCCUGACUUCCGUUCGUUUUCCAUCCCACUCCCUUCUCUUCCCGUGCAGUAGCUCACCCAUGUGGCUUGUCUCCCCCGAUAAGCCAAGACACCCUGUCGGUGUCAAAGCUGAUUGGUCCCCCGCGAAUUGCUUCUUUCCAGAAAAAGUACCAGGCCUUCUGCAAACCAUUGCUAGCCUGCUGCCGCUCAUCACUUUCUUCUGGGAAGAUCAAGUUUUUCGCCUCCAGGCAUACUAUCUAUUAUUGGGUGUGGAAGACAUCCCUCCCGUCCCUUCGUUCUUCUCUGUCUCUCGUUUACUCUUGUUCUAUCCGGCACAUCCGACAAUAUCUGCACCUCACAAACGACCACUUAUACACUUGUACACCACCUCACCAUACACGACUGAAGGCAGCAAAAUAACCUCCUGGACGGCCAAGUCCACACACCUUCAAAAUGGCCGCUAAUACCAACAACCAAGAACUCUCCAACCUACCAUACAUCCCACUCGAACCCUUCACAGGAACUGACCCAGCAGGAGGCGAUGCCCUCGUCGAAGACCUCAAUGUCUGGUACCAAGCCGGCGACAUCUCCUUCAUGAUCAUGUCCACAGCCUUCGUCUUGCUCAUGAUUCCCGGCGUUGGCUUCUUCUAUUCCGGUCUCGCACGCCGAAAGUCGGCACUCUCCCUCAUCUGGCUCUCAGUCAUGGCCGCGGCCGUGUCAACCUUUCAGUGGUUCUUUUGGGGCUACUCUCUCACCUUUUCACAUUCCGCUGGCCCCUUCAUUGGGGACCUCUCCAACUUUGGCUUCCGAAACGUCCUCGCCCAUCCCUCCGUUGCCUCGAGCCGCAUCCCCGAUUUGCUUUUUGCUGUUUACCAAGGCAUGUUCUCGGCUAUUACCAUCGCCCUGGCCACCGGAGCCGUAGCAGAGCGCGGGAGGAUGCUUCCAUGUGUUAUCUUCAUGUUUUUAUGGCUCACUGUUGUGUAUGAUGCCGUUGCUUGCUGGACUUGGAAUCCAUCGGGCUGGUCCAACAAAAUGGGUGGGUUGGACUUUGCAGGUGGGACACCGGUUCAUAUUGCCUCUGGAGCGGCCGCUUUGGCGUAUAGUAUGAUGCUUGGAAAGAGGAGGGGUCAUGGCACCCACGAGUUGAACUACCGGCCGCACAAUGUGACGCAUAUUGUCAUUGGAACAGUUUUCCUGUGGGUUGGGUGGUUUGGUUUCAAUGCUGGGUCUGCGCUGGCCGCGAACAUGAGGGCUAUUAUGGCGGCCGUGGUGACCAACUUGAGCGCUUGUGUGGGUGGGAUUACGUGGUGUGUGUUGGAUUACAGGCUGGAGAGGAAGUGGUCGACGGUUGGAUUUUGCUCGGGGGUUGUGGCUGGGUUGGUGGCUAUUACGCCUGGUUCUGGUUACGUCCCAGUCUGGGCUGCCGUACCAUGCGGCAUCAUGGGCGCCUCUUUUGCCAACUACGCCACCAAGCUCAAGUUCCUUCUCCGCAUUGACGACGCUCUCGAUAUCUUUGCUGUUCACGGCAUCGGUGGUCUCGUCGGCAACAUUUGCACCGCUUUCUUCGCUACCAACACCAUCACCCGCCUCGACGGUGUCUCCUCUAUCAAGGGUGGCUGGCUCGAUCACAAUUGGAUCCAGCUCCCUAUUCAGCUUGCCGACUCUUUUGCCGGCGGUGCCUAUUCUUUCGUUUUGACCUGCGCUAUCCUCUUCAUUCUUAACCUCAUCCCUGGGCUCCAUCUCCGCGCAAGUGAAGAGAGCGAGAUCCUCGGUAUUGAUGACGCCGAAAUCGGCGAGUUUGCCUACGACUAUGUUGAGCUGACCAGAGAAGUCCUCAAUGACGUCGAGGGUGACAACAUGAGCUCUUACAGCGCUGAGCAGCCUAUUCACCAAGGGCAAGGACGAUAUGGUGUUGCUAUCUCGAGCGGGAUGCCGAGGGAGAAGAUUGUGAACAUGAGCAUGCCGUUGACGAACCACAGGAUGUAUGGACAAGGGUCGGCUGAUCAUGCUCAAUAG